CCUGUAAAAGUCGGCGCUGCAAGGCUGCCCGGUCCGCUGAGCUGAGUGUCGCUGGCAUGCCAACCGCUAGCCCCACCUCUCCCUUUGUCAACAAAGAACGACAUCAUCGUCAUCAACAUCCGUCUCAUCCCCGCCACCUAACAAGACUAUGUGAACCACUUCUACCAGAUAUUAUCUAUGGCGCCGAUAAGACGUUACCUUCGAAUCACAAAGUAUUCGGUGCUCGAAUGUCGUAUUUACCUCGAUAACCCGGCCUUGGCACACUCAUGGCUUCUCAACCCCAGGAAUCCCAUUCUGCCCAAGGUCAUUGAGGCCGUACGUCCACUAGUAUUGCCCAAGUUGCGUGAGGAGAGAGAACGCGCGCAAAGCAAGAAGAAGAGCAAGAAGCGGAGUAUCAAGGACGUGGUCAUUGAGGAUGACUUUGAGGUAUCUGUCUUCCUCACGGAAACAGACACUCGACACUCUCUAUUGCACAAGCAGAAGCACUUUCGAGACAAGAUCCAGACCAAACUAAAGUCCAACUCGUCCAAGCUCACGGGAGAAUCACGUGAAGCACCCAUCGAUGUUGACGUAGAAGCCGCUCUACUUCGGGAGGCAGCCGACGACCAUGAUGUGCCCAUGCUUCGAGAGGAAGAUAGCGAAGAUCAGGAGGUCAACCUAAACGAUAUCCCUACCGUCGAUGAAACGGACGUCAUAUCCGAAUCCGCCAAUAGGAGAUCAAAACGAAGACGUCGGCAAGCAUCGGGACCAAACAAUGAGAGUGGCGCUGAUGACGAAGCCCAAGUCAUUGACUCAGACCUAUCCGAUGAUGAUGGCCUGUUCGUUGGCGACAGCGACGACGACGGAAGCGAAGGGCCUCCGGCAAGGAAGCGUCGCAAAGAUAGGCAGCCUGCUGCUGAGGAGGGCGAGCGUGACGACAAGAAGAAGCUUGCUAUGGACAUAUCAUAUGAGGGCUUUGCCAUCUACGGUCGCGUACUCUGCCUCGUCGUGAAACGGCGGGACAUUGGGCGGACCGUAACGGGGCCUUCAGGUGGCAGAGCUCUGACGGCCCAGCCUGGCGGCCAGGCAAUGCUGGAAAACUGGAUCACGUCUACACAACUUCCCGAGGCUGCCGUGGGAGAGGACGACGCGGUUUGAGACGGCUGCCAAGCUGGCUGUCCGGCUGAAGUUGGUCC